CGGUGGAUGCAACUGGUAGAGAGAGAAAGAGUAAGAAAGAACCGUCUUUUUCUGCAAGAUAAGGGUUUGAACAACUUGAAGUACAAGUUGAUUCACACUCUGUGUGAAACCAACGUUAGUGCCCGAUACCUAAACAAGAAAAAAGAAAAAAAACAACUUGGGUUCUUUUGAACUUCCUCUGAAAGCUCUGUUUUUGUAUUCAAAAAAUGGUUUUUUUUCUUUUCUUUUCUUCCUUUGAUCCCUUCUUGAACCAUAGCUCCAUCUUUUGAACUAGAGCAAUGGUUCUUGGUAGUUUUCAAGAUUGCAGAUGCGUCUUCAAAUUUCUAUAUAGGGGCUAAAACUGCUCAGCUGCUAGAAGUUUAGAACUUCUUUUUGACUCAGACUUUUGAUGAAUUAUUCUUUUAUAAAGAAGAAAAAGAUUGUGUGAUGGAACAAUCAAGAUUCCAAAACACAUUCCUAUUCAAUAGCAUGGAACCUAGAGAUGAAGAACAUCAGCCAGGAUCACAAUCAGUAAUGCAGGACCAUCUGGUUAACAUGCAUUCUAGUAGAAGAGGGCCUGAUCUCAAUACAUCAGAAGUUAAACCUGUACUUAAUUACUCGAUACAGACGGGUGAGGAAUUUGCUCUUGAAUUUAUGAGAGAUAGGGUGAAUCUCAGGAAGCCUGUAAGUGAUUCCAAUUAUACAACAGGUUAUAUGGAGCUGAAAGGCAUUUUAGGCAUCAGUCAUGCAGGGUCUGAAACAGGAUCAGAUAUUUCUAUGCUCUCAAUGGUUGAAAAAUAUCCAAAAGAGUUCGAUAGAAUGAACACAUCUACACAUGGAGACAGAAGCAAUUAUGGGUCAAUUCGAUCGAUAUCAAAAGCUUCACUGAAUCAGGACAAUAGGCAAUUUGUGCAUGGCUAUGGUUCUUCUGGAGGUUAUGAUACCUCAUCAAUGAUGAUGAAAUUUCUUUGCAGCUUUGGUGGUAGAAUAUUGCCACGACCCUCUGAUGGAAAGCUAAGGUAUGUUGGAGGCCAAACACGCAUUCUUCGUAUAAGAAAGGACAUAUCUUGGCAGGAACUUAUGCAGAAAGCAUUGCUAAUCUAUAAUCAGGUUCAUGUAAUCAAGUAUCAGCUUCCAGGGGAAGAACUUGAUGCUUUGGUAUCUGUGUCAUCUGAUGAGGAUUUGCAGAAUAUGAUGGAGGAAUUUAAUCAUGUAGAAGAUAGAGAAGGAUCACAAAAGCUUAGGAUGUUUUUGUUCUCAAUGAGUGAUUUGGAGGAUGCUCAGUUUGGUCUCAGCACCGGAGGUGAUGAUUCUGAGAUCCAGUAUGUUGUUGCUGUUAAUGGCAUGGACUUGGGAUCAAGAAAAAACUCAACCCUAAUUGGUGUCAGCUUUUCAGCAAAUGAUAUGAAUGAAUUGGACAGGCAAAAUAUUGACAGAGAGAAUUAUAGAGUUUCUGUAGAAUCUGUAGGUGCUGGCAAUGCUCCCCUGACUAACAAUUUUGACUCAUCAUUGGUUAAUCAGUCUUCACAACCAGUGCUACCAACUUCCUCAAAUUGUUAUGAAACCUAUCCAAUGUUUUAUGGUGAUCAAAUGAUGGGCCAUGGCGAACCUAGUGGUCAAUAUUUUAUUAAUCAUGGCCUUAAUCCUUCUCAUAAACCUGUUAUUGGAGAGACUCCUAUUACUAUGCCUCCUCAUAUGCUGAUUAAUCAACAAGAGGUUUUCAAUGAAGGCCUUCCACCUAUUGGAUUACAAGUACAAAAUUCAGAAAUAUCAGCAACAUUGGCGAAAAAGAUGGGUGAUAGUUCAUUUCAACAAGGAAGUGACCCUGGGGAUGUUUUAUCCUUGGAAAGACCAUCUCCAGCUCCUGCACAACUGUUUAAUGGUUACUUGAGAAAUAAUUUCCCUGAAGCAUCAGUUAUGGUUACUAUGCCAGAGGGGCAUUCAUUACCUCCAACAAAAAUGGACCAGAUCCAAGAUUAUGAAGAGGCUUCUUCUACAUCUAGCAGUGCAUUUGGUCCUGCUUAUGUUGAUUCCCACCCCAAUGGUGUUGACUUGAGUUCUCUUCACCCGCCUCCUCUUCCUAGAAGAGUUUACUAUUCAGAAAGAAUUCCCAGGGAGCAAGUGGAGUUGCUGAAUCGGUCCUCAAAGUCGGAUGAUGCACACAGUUCUCAGUUUCAUGUUUCAGAUUUGCUUUCUGAUGUCAACCCGCCGGAUUCAGUUACAGAAACUGGUGAUAACUUGCAUGAUGCAAACAAUCAGAUGAAUUCAGAGCUAACUGAGAAUGUGAAUCCUGAGUUGAAGCAGGUAUUACCAGACAAUGAAGGAAGUAAAGAUGUGUUACAUAAGGAUAAUGUUGUUAGGUUGGAAACAGAAAUUUAUUAUAAAGAUAACCAUAAUAAACCCCUGCUUGAUGAGACAAAAGACAGCAAAUCACACUUUCCUACUUUGCACCAGGUUUCUUCUGUUAAGCACCAUGAUGAUCCAGCAUCCAAUCUUCCAGAUAUUGAUUGGGGUGAUACCUCUGUGAAAGAACCUAAUGAAGAUUUUAAUGUGCAAACACUACCUGUUUCUUCAAAUGGGAACACAACUACAAAAGAUGAUUCUCAAGAUUUUCAUUCCAAUGUUGUUUCCAAACAAGCACAAGGUGACAUUCUUAUUGAUAUUAAUGAUCGAUUCCCGCGUCAAUUGCUUAGUGACAUGUUCUCUAAAGCAAUACUUGAAGAAUAUCCCUCUGGUAUACAUCCAUUAACCUCAGAUGGGGUGGGGCUAAGCAUAAACAUGGAAAAUCAUGAACCUAAACCAUGGUCUUAUUUUCAAAAAUUGGCUCAAGAAGGGAUCGAUAAUGUGUCUCUUAUUGACCAGGAUCAUCUUGGUUUUUUACCUGCGGUAGGAACAAUGGUAGGAGAUAAUGGAACUCAACAUGUUGCACCUUUAACAACUGAUGAAGUUUCUCUAAACCAUGCAGAGUCCCACCUCAAUUUUGGUGAAGAAAAUCAGGAAGACAUACAUGGAAAGAUUGGAAAAGAAACCUCUGUUCUUAAGUCAAAUUAUGAUCAUUCCCAAGUGAACGAUACUGAAAGUAUGCAAUUUGAUGCUAUGUUGGAAAACCUAAGAGCACAAGAGUCAGAAUCUGAGGUUGGGAAGUUUGAAACCAGAAACAGUGAUCUACCUCCUCUUGAUCCUUCUUUAGGAGAAUUUGAUAUGAGUACCUUGCAGGUCAUUAUGAAUGAAGAUCUUGAAGAGCUGAGGGAACUUGGUUCUGGUACCUUUGGGACUGUGUAUCAUGGAAAAUGGAGAGGAACAGAUGUUGCCAUUAAAAGAAUAAAGAAAAGCUGCUUCACUGGUCGAUCAUCUGAGCAAGAGAGACUGACUGUCGAAUUCUGGCGGGAAGCUGACAUUCUUUCCAAGCUUCAUCAUCCAAAUGUGGUGGCAUUUUAUGGUGUGGUGCAAGAUGGACCGGGAGGAACGAUGGCCACUGUUGCAGAGUACAUGGUGGAUGGUUCUCUUAGACAUGUAUUACUUCGCAAGGAUAGGUAUCUUGAUCGUCGCAAGAGACUGAUAAUUGCAAUGGAUGCAGCUUUUGGAAUGGAAUAUUUGCACUCAAAAAAUAUUGUGCAUUUCGACUUAAAAUGUGACAAUUUGCUUGUGAACUUGAAAGAUCCUUUAAGGCCGAUAUGCAAGGUUGGUGAUUUUGGCUUGUCAAAAAUCAAACGAAAUACCUUGGUUUCUGGUGGUGUGCGGGGGACUUUACCUUGGAUGGCACCAGAGCUGCUUAAUGGUAGCAGCAACAAGGUCUCAGAAAAGGUUGAUGUGUUCUCCUUUGGCAUAGUAUUAUGGGAGAUUCUAACUGGUGAGGAGCCAUAUGCCAAUAUGCACUAUGGUGCAAUCAUAGGUGGGAUUGUUAAUAACACAUUAAGGCCAACAAUACCAAAUUAUUGUGAUCAUGAAUGGAGAACACUGAUGGAGCAAUGUUGGGCACCCAAUCCUGCAGCUAGGCCAUCCUUCACUGAAAUAGCUAGUCGACUGCGUGUUAUGUCUGCAGCUGCUAGAGAAACCAAAACACACAAGGCAUCUAAAUGAAUUCAAACACACAGUGGUGCUUCUUCUUUUUUCCCCAUCUUAUACCAAUAUUGGCACGGAUACUUGCUUUUUUUCGCUUGAAAAAAAUUGGUAGUGUUAAAUUUAUUUAUUGAAUGUACUCCAAGUAUGUAGUAUAAUACCGGGGGCAAUGCUAUCUGGUAUUAUACUAUCUAUUUUAUUGUAUUAUCUUUUUGAUGAUCCAAUA